UCAUGUCAUUCUGACAUUUGUAAUUGAUAAUUUGACAAAUGUAAACAUUAAAAUAAAGUUUUUGUAAUUUGAUGCGGAUGGAGACGCACGCGAACUACUAGGACUUUUUGAAUUCACUGAUCAUGAGCCCAAAAUACUAAUGUAGCAGUUCGCUGGACGUGGGGUGGAUGCAUUAAACAGAACCGAAACAUCAAAUAAAUAUGUUAAUGGAGCCCGAAGUGUAGCGAGGUGCGUUCAAGUGCGCUCCGUGGUGCUGGGCGCGAGGGGAGGGCUGGGUCAACACGGGGCGCAUAACUUGCGCGCAGCACAAAGCCCAGCGAAUGUCUUAUUCAAAGCGGCAAUACCGCGGCGCCUAAACAAACAGGAGCCGCUUUUCCGGAACGCAUUUUGCUCGCGAGGACCGAGAGCCGCGCGGACCUGCGCCCCCGCGCCCCCUGUUUACCCGCAUUACCAUCACAAAGCGGAGAGGCCAGCUCUCGGACUUCACUUAGUAUUGAAAUUGUAAAUUAUUGCAAACACUUGCGACCGCGCUGUGGAGUUCAUGAAACGGGGCGGCGGGCGACCGGACGUCCGCCACCGCGGAGCCUUUCUUUUCUACUGGGAAUAGUUUAAUACCAGAAUACUUACAACUUACAAUUUAAAAGCUUCCAUAUCAUUAUCAACGCCGCAAAAAUCAAAGAAACCGCAGGCGCAUUGCCGUCAUGAAUGUAAAACUUGAUGACACCCUAGAGUAGAGUCUCGCAGUGUUGGGAUUACCCUGACAUUAGUGUGACCACUCCACUGUUUCAGCUCAUCGUGUACUCGUCUCGUCACAACUGUCUACAUCACAAACACAUUGCGCGAUUUGCUCCAACUUUCCGUUUCAAGCUACCAACGAACUUUUUUAUAAAUCGAAACCGAUGUUAGAAUUCGCGCAUCGUUGCCGAACCCGUCGCUCCCCUUUUACUAUUAAAAAAAUUAAACAGCUUUUAAACGUACAUCGCGUUCGGCGAAAGCGAAAAAAAAUACAUCUCAGGUAAUCGUAAUAAUGGCGCAGAGCGCGAAAAAAAUUCACUAAGGGCGGAAAAAGAAACGGAUUCGAACAAAAAAAGGGAAUUUUUAAUUCGCCACGUGAUGGGUGCUCGGGGUUGCGCGGGGCAGGGCACGGGUCGCGGCGGCGCCGGGCCGCAGUCGCGCCGCUCCCGUCGCGCCGAGCGGACCCAUUUGAUCAGAGCCAACCUUGACAGGCUACGACCGCCGCGAGCGAUGGUGCUGUCUGCGUGCGUGCGCGCCGCCGCGAGGCCCUACUGCGCCGACUACCAGGAGUCCGGUGACCUCAUCAAGUCGCCAUCGCCGCCGCCUAGCCACGACGGCUCGGCGAGCGGCGAGGGCAGCGGCGACGAGCGCCCGCCCUCCGCGCACUCGCCGCCCCGCGCGCCGCCCCGCGCGCUGCCGCCCGCCAGCGUGGCCGCCACCGCCGCCGUUCUGAGUGCGGUGCAGAGUGCAGCGCAGAGUGCGGCGCAGUGCGCGGCGCAGAGUGCGCCGGGCGCGGGGGGUGCCGGGGGCGCACUGCUACAUGAUGCCAUGAGUAUGAGGAUUAUUAUUGCAAGAAAGAAAACUAUUUAA